AUGCAGUCAUCGAAGAGAAUCAAACUCGACACUCAACUUCCCGAAGAGAAUCAAUCAGUGAUCGCAGACUCCAAAGUAGCACCAAAUAUAUCUGUUCAGAACCCACUGACGACACACGAUGAGGCAAAGCAAGAAGCGGAUAAUAUCACAGAGUCUGAUCAUUGUGAGGAUGCUACCAAGAGUUUCGAAGAGAUAAAAAAGGGAAUCGUCGACUCGCUAUGCGAAGCUUGUACAGCACUCGGGUACAAGACCCCCACUCCAAUCCAAGUACAAGCAAUACCUCCAGCACUACAGGGUAGAGAUUUGAUCGGAUUGGCAGAGACAGGAAGCGGAAAAACAGCGGCGUUUGCACUACCGAUACUACAGGCCUUGCUGGAAAACCCUCAGCCGUUUUUUGCCCUAGUACUGGCCCCCACCCGCGAAUUAGCAUAUCAAAUAUCAAAGGCUUUUGAAGCCCUCGGCUCACUUAUAUCUGUUAGAUCAGCUGUCAUUGUGGGUGGUAUGGACAUGGUGCCCCAAGCGAUUGCUUUAGGAAAAAAGCCACAUAUCAUUGUUGCUACUCCUGGAAGAUUAUUAGAUCAUUUUGAGAACACCAAAGGAUUCUCUCUCCGCUCAUUAAAGUAUCUGGUCAUGGAUGAAGCUGAUCGACUACUAGACCUUGACUUUGGACCAAUCCUUGAUAAAAUUCUGAAGAUACUUCCGCGGGAAAGGCGAACCUACCUCUUCUCUGCAACCAUGAGCUCUAAAGUUGAAAGCCUUCAACGAGCAAGUCUAAAAAAUCCACUCAAAAUCAGUAUUAGCAGUAGUAAGUACCAGACUGUCUCAACGCUACUACAAAAUUAUCUUUUUAUACCACUCAUUCACAAGGAUACCUACUUAGUCUUCUUGCUAAAUGAAUUUGCUGGGAGAUCUGCCAUCAUCUUCACGAGGACCGUCAAUGAAACCCAAAGAAUAGCAAUCCUACUUCGCUCCCUCGGCUUUGGUGCCAUACCUCUGCAUGGACAACUGUCUCAAUCUGCACGUCUCGGGGCUCUUAAUAAAUUUCGUGCUGGGUCACGAGAAAUACUAGUAGCGACUGAUGUUGCUGCUCGCGGUCUCGACAUACCCUCAGUAGACAUUGUUUUUAAUUACGAUUUACCCCCUGAUAGCAAAACCUACAUCCAUCGCGUUGGAAGGACUGCUCGUGCAGGAAAAUCUGGACAUGCUAUCAGUAUAGUCACCCAGUAUGAUGUAGAGAUAUUUAAAAGAACUGAAGCCGCUUUAAAAAUGGAGUUGACUGAGCUCAAGACUGAGAAAGAAGAAGUCAUGAUUUUUAAGACAAGGGUCGAAGAAGCUCAACGUCACGCCCGAAAUGAAAUGAAAAAUUUGCACGAAGACCGCGGGAAAAAGGGAUCAGUGCUCAAGGGGAGACGACCAGCUAAAGGUGGUGUAAAGAGGGGACGAGACAAUAUGGAUAGAGAGGAGGGCUAG